AUGUCCUCCCACCUCCACCCGCCCCUGCUCAUCCCUCCCAUCCUCUUCCUCCUCCUCUCCCUCUCCAUGACUUCCACCUCUACUGCUCCUCCCCCAUCUUCCCUCCUCUCCUUCUCCCCGCCGGAAGGAGGUCUCACGCAUCUGGUGGUCCACAACAAAACCGGAGAGGUCUACUUGGGCGCCGUCAACUGGAUCUACAAGCUGUCCAGCAACCUCACCAAGCUACGGAGCCACGUCACCGGACCUGUCACGGACAACCCUCGCUGUUACCCUCCGCCUGGCGUCCAGUCCUGCCCCCAUGAGCUGGUGCAGACUUCUAAUGUCAAUAAACUCCUCCUACUUGAUGCGGCCCACAACCGCUUAAUUGCAUGUGGGAGUACUUCCCAGGGAAUAUGCCAGUUCCUGCGUCUGGAUGAUUUAUUCAAGCUCGGCGAGCCCCACCACCGUAAAGAGCACUACCUAUCCAGCGUCGCCGAGGCAGGCACCAUGUCCGGCGUCGUGAUCUCCCCAGAUAUCUUCGGCGGCGGUGGGAAGCUUUUUGUCGGCACUCCCAUCGACGGGAAAUCUGAAUACUUCCCAACGCUGUCGAGUCGCAAGCUGAUGUCCAACGAGGAGAACGCCGACAUGUUCAGCUUCGUCUACCAGGAUGAGUUCGUCUCCUCUCAGCUCAAGAUUCCCUCAGACACGCUCUCUAAGUUCCCCGCGUUUGACAUCUACUACAUCUACGGCUUCAACAGCGAGCAGUUUGUGUAUUACCUCACCCUGCAGCUCGACACCCAGCUCACUUCGCCCGACGCGAGCAGCGAGCAGUUCUUCACCUCUAAGAUCGUCCGCCUGUGCGUCGACGAUCCCAAGUUCUACUCCUACGUUGAAUUCCCCAUCGGCUGCACCAAGGACGGAGUGGAGUACCGCUUGGUUCAGGAUGCUUACUUGGCCCGGCCGGGAACCCGUUUGGCACGUUCGCUUGGCAUUCAAGAUCACGAGGAGGUUCUGUUUACUGUAUUCGCCCAGGGUCAAAAGAACAGAGCCAAACCGCCCAAGGAGUCGGCUUUGUGUCUGUUCACAAUGAGGCAGAUAAAGGAGAAGAUUAAAGAGAGGAUUCAGUCGUGCUACAGAGGAGAAGGAAAACUCUCCCUGCCCUGGCUGCUCAACAAGGAGCUGGCCUGCAUCAACUCGCCUUUGCAGAUAGACGAUAACUUCUGCGGCCAGGACUUCAACCAGCCUCUAGGGGGCACCACGGCCAUCGAGGGCAUCCCGCUCUACGUGGACAAGGACGACGGCAUGACCUCCGUGGCGGCCUACGACUACCGCGGGCACACCGUCGCGUUCGCCGGCACUCGCAGCGGACGCAUGAGGAAGAUACGUGUGGACCUGAAGCCGCGUGUGUCACAACGCAUGCGGGGUUACCACGGCAACACAGAUGCUGUUGAUUAUCUCUGUUACACAUGUCAGAGUCGGAGGAAUCUCUCCCCGACGCGUACGUAG